UAAGCUAGGUGGCCGCACGAACACAGUUAUUACACCGAGGCUGUGCCAGACGCACAUGGGAUCCGUCCUGCCGUACCCGGGGAUCUUCAGCACCCGCAGCCGAGCGGAGGGGACCCUCAACCCGGUGUGGAGCAGCGCUCACCCUGCCUGGACUCUCCUCUGACACCAACAAGCACUCCACAUUUGUGAGGUUGAUCUUUUUCCUCCCCGAGAGGCUCGCGGAGACACGGCGUGUUAUUUAUUUAUAUCGUGUGUGAGCCUGACAGUCAGUCGCGGCGGACAAACUGCGUCUUGACGCGGAGAGGUCGGACUUGUUUGGCUGGAGAAAACACACCAAAAACACACGCGAAAACACUCCGGUCCUGUCGCCCUCCUUCCUUUUAUUUCCUGUCAGUUUUUUCUUCCGAUUUAUUUUUUGCCAAAGCAGGAACCCGGGACACAGUGAGCUCCUGCUCCGAGGAUGAACUAGAAUUGAGAUCGAGGGCUGUGAGGUUGUUUUACUGGAUUUAUUUCGCUGUGGAGGAAAAGAGAUCCGGGAGCGGAGCGGUGCGCAAAAAGCCGAGGUCCGCGCGAUUUUGCUAAAAUGCAUCAUCAACAGCGGAUGGCAGCUUUGGGAACAGACAAGGAACUGAGUGACUUACUGGAUUUCAGCGCGAUGCGAAACAGCGAUUUGAAAAUGUUCCCAACAUCCAUGAUGUUUUCCCCUCCUGUUAGCAGUGGAAAGAACGGGCCGACCUCCCUGGGGAGCGGACAUUUCUCCGGCUCAAAUAUGGAGGAGAGAACGAGUGCAGGCUCAUGGGCGAGUGGAAGUCGUUCUUCCAAGAGUUAUGCAGAUGGGUCUCAGUACAUGGCGUCACAUGACAGCAUCUCACCUCCUUAUGCCAACUCCAGCAGGCUAACAGGUAAAGCAGAGAGGAGUUCGUACUCAUACGGCAGAGGGUCCAACCCACACUGUCACCAGUCCAUACUGGGUGGUGAGAUGGGUUUGGGGAGUCCCGGCGCAGCGUCGCCCACCAAGCCGGGCGGUCAGUACUACCAGCACUACGGCUCCAACCCGCGGAGGAGAACGCUGCCUAUGGACACCAUGGAGGUUCACCCAAAAAAAGUGCGGAAGGUCCCUCCCGGCUUGCCGUCCUCAGUGUACGCUCCAUCUGCCAGUACAGCAGACUACAACAGGGACUCACCGGGUUAUCCCUCCUCCAAACCUCCCAGCGCUGGCUUCCCAAGCUCAUUCUUCAUGCCAGAUGGUCACCACAGCGGCGAUCCCUGGAGCAGCAGCAGUAGCAGUAUGAGCCAGCAGGGUUACCACGGCAGCAUGCUGGGGGGCGGGAACUCCUCCCACGGCCCCUCCCAGAGCUCCUCCUACUGCGGGAUUCACCCUCACGACAGAUUGAGCUACCCGUCGCACUCGUCUGCAGAUAUCAGCUCCAGCCUUCCUCCUAUGUCCAGCUUCCACCGAGGGGGAGGGGGAGGGAGCGGGGGUGGGGGCAAUCACUACAGCACCACCUCUUGCACCGCUUCCACCAACGGCACAGAAAGCAUCAUGGCUAACCGAGCACCGAACGCAACAGCCAGCAGCUCUCAGACAGGAGACGCCUUAGGGAAAGCACUCGCAUCCAUCUACUCUCCAGACCACACGAACAACAGCUUCUCAUCCAAUCCCUCCACCCCAGUCGGCUCCCCGCCCUCCCUCACAGCUGCCAGUUCAGCUGUCUGGUCGAGGAAUGGCGGACAGGGAGCGUCAUCGCCAAACUAUGAGGCUCCAUUGCACUCUCUGCAAAGUCGUAUCGAGGACCGUCUGGAGCGUUUGGACGAUGCCAUCCACGUACUGCGGAGCCACGCGGUGGGACCGUCGACGGGUAUGCCCAGCGGGCACGGUGAAAUGCACAACCUCAUCAGUGCCGCACAUACGCACAAUGGCGCUAUGGGUGCUCUGAGCAGCGGGUACGGGUCGGGACUGCUGUCGGCCAACAGACACUCCCUCAUGGUGGGCUCUCACAGAGAAGACGGCAGCGGCGUGGGCGGGUUGCGUAGCGGACACUCGAUGGCGGGCCAGGUGCCGGGGCCCCAGCUGCCAGUUCAGUCGGCCACCUCGCCGGACCUCAACCAGCCCGACCCGUACCGCGCCCUGUCCGGAGGCCUCCAGGGCCAGAGCACCUCCUCCGUCAGCUCGGAGAUCAAGUCUGAGGACGAGGGAGACGAGAACCUCCUGCAGGACUCGAAGAGCCUGGAUGCCAAGAAGGACGACCUCGACAGCAAGGACCUUAAAUCAAUUGAGAGCAACAAUGACGACGAGGACCUGUCUCCGGAGCAGAAGAUGGAGAGAGAAAGGGAACGGAGGAUGGCAAACAACGCGCGGGAGCGUCUGCGCGUCCGCGACAUCAACGAGGCGUUCAAGGAGCUGGGCAGGAUGGUGCAGCUGCACCUGAAGAGCGAUAAACCUCAGACCAAGUUACUGAUCCUGCACCAGGCCGUGGCUGUCAUCCUCAGUCUGGAGCAACAAGUCCGAGAGCGAAACCUGAACCCUAAGGCGGCCUGUCUGAAGCGCCGCGAGGAGGAGAAGGUGACCGUGUCAUCGGACGGGGCUCCCCUCUCAUUGGCCGCCGCGCACCACGCCGCCGCCGCCAUGGGCGACGGGUCGAACCCCUUGGGACAAAUGUCCAAGGUGCCAGAGUUCAUCAAGAUGAUGAGUGACCACUUCCUCUGACGGCGUUUCCAUGACAAACUGGCAAUCGAACAACCCCGUUGUUGCUUCGGCCUGACCAAUCAGAUUCUCUGGAUCUUCGGCCUGACCAAUCAGAUCAGCCUCCUUCUCUCCUCUCGUCUGUCUCUGAUCCUCCUCUUCACCUUCGUCUCCUUCUUCUGUCGAGAACACGAACUGCAGAGUCACAUUAGUCGCUUUCGUCACUUUGCAUCUCCGGCCGAAGUGAACUGGAUGCUACUUUGUGGAGACAUUUAACAGCCGCUGUAACAUGGCUGCUACAAAGUGGCAGUUUGUGGGAGCUUUUGACUCAAAGUGACAGCAAUGGACAAAAGUCUUUGGAAUCACAUCAUCCAAGAAAUUCUUCUUCUUGUACUACUUGUUUUAUCAGCAUUCCCAGUUUUAAAGAACAAAAGGGUUCUAUAUAUAGUAUAUAUAUAUAUGAGAAAUGGAAAAAAUGACAAAAAACUUGUUAAAAAAGUGCAACAGGCAGUGAGGAGAGUACGGGUUGGGGAGGGUUGUUCAGAAGGAGCAAAACAUAUCACAAAGUGUUUAAAGAGUUUGUUUUUUUAAAGCAACAUUGCGCAGCUGCUGUUGAAUGCAGCUUCAGCGUGUCUCUGACUGAAUGGCAAUCUAACGCCACACUGUGGAUGAAGCUGUGCCUGAUCUCCUUUUGGAUGCCCACCAGUCAGAUAGAUACACACGGAGAAGCAAAGCAAACAAAAAAAUAACAGGAAAAUUCCAGGAAGUACCACGGAAGCAAGCUGCCCGCUCAUACAUCCCCUUAAAAACUACACAUUUUUACAGUAUAAAUUGAAAUGAAGAAGAUGUGCUUGAAUUGCUGAGUCAUUUGAACAAAAAAAUUAAGUUUGCAAACGCUUUUUGACUAUCAUAGAUGCCUAGAAAGAAACAGGCUAAACAGGAUAAAUAGGGGCAACUUGUUCUUCCCCUUCUAAUGCAUUCCCUCUUUACCUGCAAACAUUUACAGUAGAUCGUCAGUGUAAAAAAAAAUCUGAACGUUUAUGUAUUUUUAGUAGUGUUUUAUGCUAAUAGCCACGUUGUCUUUGUUACAAGUGGUGGAAUUGUACGAACUGCUAACUUUUUAGCGUGAUCACAAAUACAAAAGCCUGGACAGUGGUUCCCAAAUGGCCCGUGUGUAUCUACUGGAAGGAAGAGGAUACCUAAAGAAUCAAUCAUUCAAUCAGUUAAUCAAUCAAUCAGUGAGUGACUCCAGAGGGACUGGGGUGUUUAAAUUAUUGAACGUUGAGGAAUUACAGUACGAAAAACAGCAAGGAAGAAUGAUGCAGUAAUGAAAAAGUGUACUUCUCAAUACAGCAGGAAAGAAAGACUUUUGUUGACAUCUUCAUUUGAGAUCGUUGGGUUAGUGGUGCAGAUGCAAAAUGACAGCAGAGACAGAGAACUCUAGCAAACAUCCUAGACCGGAGUCCUUUGUCAUAUGUGCAUAUCAGUGUGGGCAGAGCAGGCAGAGUUUGAAAUGGUCUCCAGGCCUCUGCUGAGAUAGAAAGAUGGUUGAAAGCAGAGAUAGAUGAUACAAAUGAUAGAUGGAUUGCUGGAUGAAAGGGAUGAGGGCUGGACUGAAGUGAAUUCUAUUCCAUGUUUAGCACAUUCCCUAAAUCACAAUCACUCCUUAAAUCAAGUGGUCCAGAUGUCCCCAAGUGUCUGAACUAUGAGAGUUCUGGGAGUCAUGGAAGGGUAUGGAGAAAAGAUUGAGUGAGUCAACAUCCUGAGGAGCUUGAGAUAAAGGGAGAGAAGGAAAAGCAGAGAAUCUAGAGGUCUAAAUGAUGACGACGCUGCAGGGGGAGCAAGGGAACAAUCAUCAGGGUGAGGGGUGUAUACUUGUCUUCUGGGGGCCAGGCAGCACUAGUCAAAGCAUUCCUGUGUUGGAUUCAUUAGAUUCCCUCAUUUCCUGGUUUAGUAUCUGGCCGAAGAUAUAUCUCAAACCUCGAACCUCAACCUCAGACUGCCCUGCCCGGACGAACAACCUUUGGGGACUUUCUGAUUGACAUUAGCUUCCCUGCAUAAUAAUUGCAGCGUUUAUUGUAUUCGAGGUGUCUGUUGCUGGGUCCAUUUAGCUGCUUCAAAUUUCAUCAGCCUUGCAAUCCCGUUGUGAUGUUGAUGUCUGGCAAAAUUGGGAACACUGUCUACUUUACUGCACUGCAUUGUAGAGACUAGAGACUCUGUUCCACUCAGGAAUCCCACAGAACCAAAGGGGUUUCCUGUCAAGGAAGACAACUAUCUAGACUAGUUGGGUUUAGACGAGCUGGGCUUGUAGCUGAGCGGUUUGCUCCAUACAGUAGACAUAUUUAAAUCAAAUGAUACUAGAUCAGUACUCCUGAUCCUGACCAGUAACCCUACCCUAACCCUACAUCUGAGGCAAGUCCAAUCCAGAAGCCUACCCACACUUACAGUAUACCCAGACCAGUUUCAUUCCCAGGUCAUCAAAUAGCAACGCUUUGUCACACGAUACGAACAAACAAGGAACCCUUUAGCUUCUGUAUGAGAAAAUUCAGGUUUUAACUCCAAUGUAAACCCAUCCAUAGCAAUAUUAGACACUCAGAGCAAGUUCUCCGCAAAUCAGCUGAAGUAGUAUAAAGAGCGACAAAGUCCACGUCGUGAUGGUCAGAUGGUGGUUCAAACAAACACUUUUCUUUAACCUGGGAGACUGUUUGGGUGAAACCAAAAGUCAAGGUUCAUAUCUAUUUGACUAAUAAACUUGCACAGGAUACAUCAUUUUAUUUAUGUAACAAAUAUACAUAUUUGAACCCAAAAAAACAAGCUUUUCCCCAAAAAAUAACCAAGUAGUUUUGCAUAAAUUCACAACAUUAACCAAGUACAACCAUAGUUAACCAUAAUUCGAUCCAUAAGUGAGUUAAAAAGUGAUGCUAAAGGGUUCUGACCAAGUGUCCGUAUGUGACAAGUUCGAAAUGAAAAUGGCUUAGUAUAUCCAAAAGGCUGCCUCUUGUAUUUUGAACUAGGUUUGUUGGGUUCAGGAGAAGUCCACAUUGACUUGGAAUUGAUACAGGAUUGGGAAAGUGACAAGAAAAUCAGAAAAAAUAGGUCUGGAGGAUUUAUUUUUUGUUUAUUGCGUGGCAAAGAAUUAAGAUCUACUUUCAGCAACAGGAUAAGGUAACUGGGAUAUCUUCAACAGUGUCCAUUGUUUUCUGGUGUCAAUCUGAAAGUCCCCUUUCAUCCUUGCCCCAGUUUGAACCUUCCUUGAUCUAGGCCUAUGUUUAAUACCCAGUCCCAGUUCUGUCUUCUCUGCUGACCCUCGCCUUAUGAGCCCUAAACCAGAGCCCUAGACCCUCUCCCCAGCCUCGUGCCCCACCUAAGCAGUCCCACAGAUGCAAUUUGAACAUUCACACUUCUACCAAUGUGCCUUUUUAGAGUUCAUAUCAUUCGAGUUGCCAGAGGAGGACAUUUACCUGGUCUUUUAAUAGGAUGCAAGCUUAGGGAAACCUGUUCUUAGUCGUUAGGUUCUAUGCAGUCAGGUUUUUUACCAGACCUGGGAAUUUAAAAAAAGCUAAAAAGGAAAAAAAAGUAUUUUUUUGGAUAAAAAAACUAAACUGUAUUUAAUGUACUGUACGCUUAUAUGUAAGUAGACAGCGUGUUCUGGCUUUGAGCCAAUGAGACAGACGCUUGAUUUAGCAAGACGAGCCCCCAUCCCAGUCCUCCCCCAACCCCCGUUUCCAAAGUUCUCCAUAACCCCAAACCCUUCUUGUUCCAAACCCCAGCCCUGUUUCCAUGGUGAACAACGCGUCUCUUCUUGUAUUAUAGCUUAUCAGCUUUUUAUCAAUAUUUGAUCGGCUUGUCCGUAAGCCAAUGUAGUCUUCAGUACAAAGUGUGUGGUCGUAUGUUGUAAAACAGAUUUUCUUUUUUUCUCUCUCUCUUUUUUAAGAAGAAUCUUUUCUCUUAUUACUUUUUCUUUGUCUGUUCUGGUUUACAUGUCUAUUAUAGAAAAUGUAAAAAAACAAAACAAAAAUAAAAACAGAAAAACAACACAAUUCGCUAUUUCCGACAGCAUUGCUCUCUGUCGGUGGUCAUUUCGACGUGGUUAAAAUCCUACCCAAUCAACAGGAAGGCACGGAAACUGGAAAAGAAUCUAUUUGAAUAAAUCAAUCUAUAUAUAAAUGUACAAAAAAUAUAUACGAUAUAUAAGGAGGGUGCCAUUUUCUGUUAUUUUUUUAUUUUCUGUUGCAAAGGAGUGUUUGCUUGGGGAGGAAUUAUUUUCUCAAAGACUGAACUGGCAGAAGUUGGCGAGGCCCCUCAGUGUUAUAAAUUUUCAACUGACUUUGUUGUGUUAUCUGUUGUUGCCAUGACAACACCCUCUGACUAGUACGGCACCCUGCGCAGGACAAAAUGGGACCGGAGUUCCAUCAGCUCCAUUCACUGCUAUCUAUCCAAGGCAACAACACACAGACGUUUGUAAAUUGUAUGCAACAAAAUGGCAAACUUUACCAUUAUUUUGAAAUUGUGUAUGUAAAAGUUAUAUUUUUACAUGUAGACUGUUGUUAUUUUGUGUUUUAGAAAUAUGUUGUAUCGGUUUUUUUGUUAAAAUAUGAAAAAGUAAAAUUCAGUGUGUGUUGAAAAAAUGUGUCACAUUGAAAAUGUAGUGAGGUCAAAAGUUCAGAAUCAUUUUUUUUAUUUUUCAGCAUUAUGUUUAUAUCUGUGGGGAUCAUUUUUUGAGGGUUCUUGGGAGGAAUCAGAAAUCAUAAAAGAUAUGAUAUUUGUUUAAUUCUUCAUGCCUCAUGACAUUACCAUUUUUAAAUGUAUUUUUUGCAGAGAAAUGUGUAAAUAGUCAUAAAACAUUUUCUGUGGGCUUUCUGUGGGGUGAGGACUUGCCAGUGAGAGGUGAUGAUGAUGAACUUGUUCUGAUUUUUAGUGAGGUUGUAUUCGUCCGGUUACAGUAGCCAGGUGCCAACUUUUAGUUUGGGUCAGUGGUGCUCAGUACUUUAUGUGGUUUUGGUUGACCAUUUGAAGUAAGUAAGUAAGUCAAAUUCUUGUCUUUGCUUGCACACAGAAUCACUCGUGUCAGAGCCGGAAUGGGGCCUUUUUUGUGCCAUGCAAAGAGUUUUUUGAUUUUCAAGGAGGAAAAUUAGCUGGUUCAACUGGCCAAAAACCACAAAAAAAGUACUGGUUUUGUUAAAUGCAAAUGUAUAAAAACACAGCAUAUCAUGACUCAAAAAGACACAUUUUGAUAAUCAAAAAAUUCAUAGAUCAAAAUUGGUUAUACUACAAUACACACCUACAUUAGAAAAUGUUAUAGGGUGGUUUAAAAAAAUCAAUGAUUUUUUGUUUUCCUAAAUUUUGACGAAAACCUUCUCAAGGUCCCCAGAGAGCAUUUGAAAAUUCAAUUGACUUGGGCUCUACCGGCUCUGACUCCUGUGCGUUUAUUCUCUUCAAGAUGGCUUGUAAAUGUUGAUUAAAUGAAACACCCUCAGCACCUGAUUCAAGAUUAAUAUAUGAAAAUUUUGUAAAAGAUUGGAGUGUCACUAAUAUAAAAAAGCAGGUCGUCAGCAAACAAUCGUAUCAGCUAUUUCCCCAAAAAAAUAUCAGAUCUUGUGCAAGGCAGUUUCAGUCAUUUGUUUUUAGUGUUUGCCAAUAAAAUUGAGCUUUUUGUCAAAAGGAAAAGCUGCUUUGAAUCGGACCUAGGUUAAACACUAGGAUUGACUCUGUCAGUGUAAGUGCUAAAUGUAUUUUUUACGUAAUGUUAUUUUUGCGAUGCUUCAUUUCGUAUUUUCUCUUUGUUGUAUAAUCAAGUCAUCUCCCGAAUUACAGUAUCUUCAUUUUUAUGUUACCCCUGAUGUUUCUAUUAGCCAAAAUGUUAACUUUUUUUUUCCUUUUCCUUCUUGUUGUACAUACACACCUCAUUUCUCUUUUUCAGUGACUGUGCCAUGAGCUUUGUAAUCUGUUACUCUGUACCAGUUUUACUGCAAUAAUGAGUUGAAUUCAAAACGGCCACUCCUGUCCUUUGUUUUCCCAGCAAUGUUAGACACAGGAAGCAUUAGUUUCUCUUCUCAUCAUAGAUAAACCCAUUUAAAUGAAUAUCCACACAGGUACAGUCCAGACACUAGCACUAAUCAACAUCAGUCGCACAACAAUUCUCAAAUUUAAUCUGUAUUUUUUUUACACAAUAGCGUUAAAAAACAUUUUAUACAAGUGAUCAAUAUGGAUGUUAACAUGGCUACUCUUUUGCAGAAAAGUACUGCAAAGUAAUUCCUGUGAAAGAAAGAAAAUGAAAAAAUGAACAAUCAAAGGAGCCGGUUUUCAUGUCUUCAUCUUCUACAUAAUAUAAGUUUAAAUCGUGGAAGUGCCCACUGCCAGAAGAAGAAAAUAUUCAAUCCUGCCAAUAUUUUGGCAGGUUCAUAUUUGUAAAUCAUCUGAAAGUGUUUAAACUGAAGAAUCUUACAUUUUAAAAUAACCCAAAUUGAAUUAAUUUAUUCUUGUGACCGAAGCAUAUUAAACUUCACCAUUUUUGUUCUUAAUAUAUAAAUUCAGUUCAGGUGAUUUAAAGUGAUGACCAUGAAACGAAAGAAAAUAAUACUUACUGCCAAAAGAUUUGGCCAUUUUUGAGUCAACCCUUCUUUUUGGGAUCUAAUUAGCUCUGUUUUUAAAGUAUUCAUUUAAAUGAAUUAAAUCGUGUUCUAUUCGUGCUCAGUAAGCCCAGACCAGUCUCAUUUCUAAGUGGUUAAACAGUGAUGCUUUAUCAAGGCCCUUGGCACCCAGUACCAAUACACAAUGCACCCUUUAGUGACCAUAUGAGACUCACUGUGCUUUCAACUAACUCCAAUGUAAACCCAUCCACGGCAACAUUAGACACUCAGAGCAAGUGCUCUGGAAGCCAGGUGAGCGAGAAGUUCCACGUAGGGAGGAAAAUGGUGCCAUGCCGUUGUUGCGCUGUCUCAUUGGUACGAUGGCCCAAUAAACCAUUCCCCAACCACAGUUUUGUGACAUAUUCAUUUUAUUAAGGCUAAAAUAGUGAUGCCAAGGGGUCCUGGCCAAGCGGUCAUGGUUUUAUUCCCAAUGAUUGGUUGGGAAUAAGAACAGGUCAGGCACAGUGAAUACUAGCUUAAGCAAACUCUAACCCUAAUCUUAACCCUACAUUUUUGACCUUUUACAUUUCAGAUUCAGUUUUUGACAAUUAUAACUGUCUGUUAAUCCCGAACAUACAUUCUCAGCAGUCAGUUUAGAAGAUGUAUAUCAGUUUUCUCUCUGCAUGUCCAAUACAAAAGUAGGUCCAGGAUAUGUUUAGCCUCACUUCAAGUGAAGAAACAAAUGCACUUUUCAACAACUCUAAACCUAUCUGAUUCAUAUCUUGAAUCUGUUGUAUGAACUGAAAGCUGAACUGGUUUUGUCAAGAAAAAGUAAGUUUGAACUACUUGUUUCAGCACAAAAAAUGCUUGGUUAGGUUUAGGAAAAGCUUAUGGGUUAAAAUACAAAACUUUUUUAAAAAGUUAUAUAAAAUGGGACACAAACAGUUUGACCCAUUCAACCACCUCCUCCCUACACCGACUUUGUCGCUCUUUAUACGACAUCACCUGACUAUCUCCUGUGAAGCAGCACUGCAUAUCUGGGCUCAUGAUUACAUGGGUUAUAUAUACAAAAAAGUUGUCAAUGUUAUGACAUCUAAUUUGGUGAUAUAUAUCAAUUUGAGUUGUAGUUUCUGCAGAUGAAUCAGCAACAACAUGCACAGCUGUAUCCAUCUCAUCCAAGCCUGUCACAAUUUGUGACAAUUUUCCAAUGUUUCUCCAACCCUUAAAGACAACAGCAGCAGACAUGAAAUAUCUGCCAUUUGUCACGUUCCUUAACAUCCGGUAUCCACGGCGCUAAAAAGUGAAUACAAGGGGUCUUGAACAAGCGUCUGUAUGUGACGAGUUGGAAAUUAAAACUGGGGGAUGAGUCAGAUGUUUGGGAGUAAUACCAGGGAACAAUUUUUUGAAAAAAAAAAACAUUUGAAAAUACAAUACAGUACUGGACUCUGUAGUUUCUAACAGUAUUAACAAGCACAAACAGUCGACUGUCAUGAUGUUGACUUGUCCAUAUAUUCAGCUCACCUUGGUCUCUGUAAGUAGGAUUUUCAAAGACAUGCUUCAUUUUUUAAUACUAAUCAUUACGUGAAGAUGAAAACAUGAACUGUGGCUUUCUUUCCUUCAUGUUCCCUGUGAUGCAAUUCAGUAAAGCGAUGGGAAAGAAGAUCUAUAUUUUUAGUAGUGAUGUGCCAAUGAAGCCUCAUGAACCAUUUUCUUUAUCUUAUGAGCCCACUUGAUUUAAAGAAAAAGGCUCAAGCUCUGGUAAUUGAAUGUACUUUCAGCCCUUUGUUGAACAGAGAGCGCCAUCUAGUGGACUCAGAAAAUAAAGAAAAUGGUUCAUGAAGCUUCAUUGGCACGUCACUCAUAUUUUGGCAAAAUGACCCUGUUAUCAUUGCCUGGGCUUUUUGUUAAAGCUUCCUUUGUCUCUUCUGCUAUGGAGUCGACUCAGUGCACCCUAUUAUAGUAUCACAUUUAAAAGUAAUCAAUCGUAAAUUUUAAUAUAUUUGGCUUGAUUUUUGCAGGGGCAAUCCUUUUAUAACUUGAAUACUGAAGAGAAAUAGUAAAGAAAAAUUAAACGUCAGAUGAAAACAGACAAUAAAAUAUUCCACUUUGUAAUUUUUUGGAAAAUGAACGAUAGAAAUGAUUUGUUACUUAACUUUCGUGUAUUUAAGGAUGUUUUAUUUGAGGUUUCCUGUGUGACGGGUCAUAGUGAAAGGCCACAGUUGGAGACGUCCCUCGCAGCUGGCAACAGAUAACGAUAAAAAAAAUCACAUAAAAAAUAUAAAUGAAAAAAAAAUACAAAAACAGCAGUUACACUUUUUCCCCAGUGUGUGGCUGAGUGCCUCAAUUCUUUACUUCAUUGUAUUUUUCUACACUUCCAUUUUCUUAAUUAUUUCUGCUUAAUGUUGUAUUAUUUCCCUUUGGGUUUUUUAUGUUAUAUGAUUAUAAUUGUCCUUAUGGUUGCUGUUACUGUUGAUGUUAUUAUUGUUACACUUUGCUUUUAUUCCAGCUCAGUGGAGGUGUUGGGGAGAGUUUCUGUUUGAUUUCUGUGCUGAGGGUUUUAUUCUUCCUCGUACCAGCCCAACAUUUGGCCGCUCGUUGCCUGUUGGUUCUCAUCUUGUAGUGAUUCAAUGAGGUUCAUUUUCAUGACCGUUCUGUAGCAAUAAAUGUGCCAUUUUUACAAUGCA